AUGUCGACAGUAGCAGAAGUGCAGGUUGAUAACCAGCCCAAGAGCGCCAGCGAUGAUCCUCUUGUCUGGAUUGACUGCGAGAUGACUGGCCUGGAUCAAGACAACGACGAAAUCAUCGAGAUCUACUGUAUUAUCACCACAGGAAACCUCGAGAUUCUUGAUGAGGAGGGGUUUCACGCCAUCAUCCACUUCCCCCAGUCCCGCCUUGACCAGAUGGACGAAUGGUGCACAAAGACACACGCAGACUCUGGCCUCACCGCUGCUGUUCUCGAAUCCACAACUACUCCGGAGCAAGCCGCAGACGCUCUGUAUGAGUACAUAACACGCUUCAUCCCUGAGCGCAAACGUGGUCUUCUUGCCGGUAACAGUGUGCAUUGCGAUAGGGCGUUUCUGCGACGUGAACCCUACAAGCGGGUCAUGAGACAUCUGCAUCACAGAAUUCUUGACGUGAGUUCUAUCAAGGAGGCCGCAAGACGCUGGGCAGCCAAGAGGAUUGUGAAUAAGGUUCCCAAUAAGAAGGGUCUGCACAAGGCGAGGGAUGACAUUCUGGAGAGCAUUGAGGAGGCUAGAUACUACAGGGAGGUCAUCUUCAGGCCGACGUUUGAUGUUGUGCCUGCCAAGAACAAACCUAACAAAGGGAAACAAUGA